AUGAUGAGGGUGCUUGACGAAGACGCGCUUGGGGCGGAGGUCCCGGAGGACACGGAGGACAUGGAGGACGCGCCGGGCGUGGAAGAGGCGCUCGACGAGGCGGAGGUCGCUGGGAUGCUCGAGCCGGAGGACACAGACGGGUACGCAGGCGAGGUAUAUCAGCGCUCAAGCUGCUCCGAGAGGAAGACGCGUGAACGAAGCACACGUAGGAAUCAGGCGGGGAGAGGAGGAUGCUGGUCGCGCUGGCAGAGGCGCUGCUGA